AUCUCUGUAGGGUUAGGGCACGAGGAGAUGGCGACGGGCGAUGGUGAUGGCGAUGGCGGUGGAAGCGACAACGCGAACGAGGUGGUGUAGGUUUUUCUUGCCCAAUCUAGACACCUCGGACUGGGCGACGAGCUGGGAGGUGGUGAUGGCUCCUCCGCAAGGCAGUGUGACAGCGGGUGAUUUCUUGCCAAGGACAGGGCUUUGAUUUCUCUUGCACCAAGACGGCAAUGGUCACGAGAAACUUGUGAGAGAUCUCCUCUGGAGGGCAAGAAAGCGUAGCAAGCAUGCAGGGAGCUAAGCCGGGGGGCCGCAAGGAGGUGGAAAGGGAGAGGCGGAAAAGCUUGGCGUUGGAUAGAAGGAAGACCGCGGCCAUUAAUCAGGGAAGCACAAGUGGAGCCGUAAAGAAUUUCGGUCACAGCAGUACGCUCACGCCACGGACUCUGGUGAAGCGAUCCCACCACAAGGAGCACGUCUUGAAUAUCCUUGCCGAGAAGAACUUGAGGAUCGGAGCCUUCGGGAAGGUUGAGACGCAGGAGGAUCAGCCGGCAUGGAAAGCUCGGCCCAACGCACAGCAAAGCCCGCAAGUUCUAAACUUGAAGAAGAGGAUGGAGCAGAGGAAGAGGCAUAUGACGCAGUACACGAAGAACAACACAUUUGUGGACAUCUUCAAGGACACUGAGGACCGCCGAACACCGCCAGCGACGGCAGGAAUUGUUGUUGCCGGUACAAUCGAGCUGGUUGCUCGUCAGGUUAUUGAGAAGCACGCUGAGAUCCAACACAGAGAAAAGAAAGGAGUCUGGGCCCAAUUAGGAAAGCCUUAUGCGUGCUUUGGCUUACCAGCUUCGGCCAUACCGAAGGACUGUCCAAUGCCAGCCGGGGCUCCACCUGGUGAAAUGUAUCCUUUCUUUGGACACGCUCAGAAGCCGCAACUGUUAGAAGUCGGACAAGACGUUACAAAGUUUAGAAGAAAGCGUGCUCAACCUGUCACACGGGAAAGCUUAAACAUGCAGGGCAUGCUGAUAAAGCUGGGCCUGCAAGGUAGGACUACUGAUACUACUCACCUUUGUCACCCGUUUGCCUGUGAUCUGAUCCUACAAAUUCUUUUCCUGAGUGAUUUGCAUGUUUUGUACAGACUAAUGGACGGCGUUUGUUUUCAUCAGCGUGUUCUCAUAUUUUCUGUAGGCAGUACAAAAUUCCCAAGGGCACCUCUUGUCGAGGCAAAUGACUUGAAGACGGCUGUGAAGUACGGUGGUGCUUGCUACACACUUGGGAGGUCCGUGCCUUCUUCAAAGCGUUCCAAUUUUGACGGAAGAAGCAGGCUUUCCUUUGAUCUAACUGAGCUGUUUGAAAGUUGGCGGAGCAUAUCUGGUGGAUCACAGAGUGUUUUGGAUAUGGAUUUUAGUAACGUGCCGCCGCCACGAAUGCCUGGUGUGAGCUUGCCGCAGCUGGCGAAGUCACCAGCACCUCAACUUGAGCGUCCAAGCACCAGUGCUGGAGAACAGUCUUCGCAUAGUCUGCUAUAUGGCUGGAAGAAAGGUUUUGCUGAUACGAGGAAAAGGCUGCAAGACAAGCUUACACAGCGGCUAAUGAAUAGAACAGUUCGGCGAAGGCAUUUUAGAUCGUGUUCCCCUUCUACAGCAGAGAUUUCGAUCAAGCUUUUGGAACACUUAGAGGAACGGGGUGGUGGUUCUAAAACUCCACUACAGACAGGACACAUCUGGAAGGGUGUCGAAGAUAAACAGAGAGAGAUGGACGCGUCGGCUGUAGAUCCGGAAGUGGAAGCUAUCAGCAAGUUCUACGAGCGUGUGUGCAUGUUUGUCAACAACCAGAAGAUGGAUGAUCCACUUAUGGACAUGCUUGUCAGCCAUCUUAAAGAACUGUUGGAAGAAGGCUACAAGCUGCAAAAGAAUCUACUCAUAGCUCUCUGCGAACGCUUGUCGAAGUUACAAGAUCACGUCGAGGCUACCGGGAGAAUGACAUGCUUGAUGCCUAUUCUCAACUUCAUCUGCAAGGAGCUUCACCUCACGUCCGUGGAAUUCAACUCCAUUCUUGGCAGAUUUGGCCUGGAUUGGUACAACACUUUCACCAGGCCAUCUCUCUCGGUGACACCAGCUCCAUAGAGUUCUUCCGCUCAACGCAAACUCAUUGCGGUGAACUUUAAGAGCGUCUGGAUAAAUCAAAGGGAGGUGCCAAACCGUGCUGGCAAAAGUGUCCGCUUUAACUUCGAGAGGUAACAUUAUUUCCGUGGGAUACAGAACGUCGGCUGGACUCACGAGAAACCCAAUUCGUGGUCGGCGACUCUGGCCUUCGCAUUUCGUAUUUAAGCCUAACAUUCUUUCCCUUCA